UCGGUCGGCUGGGCGCAUGCGCGCGGGGAAGCCUGGGUGCGCUGCGCGCCGGCAGCCCCUCACUACCCUCGUCAUGGCGCUGAGGCGGCGGCCGGGACUAGGGCUCAGCCCCCGGCUGCGCGACCUCCUUCUGCUACUACUGCUCAGGGGCUGCUUGAUAAGGGCUGUGAAUCUCAAAUCCCUCAACCGAACCCCAGUGGUACAGGAAUUUGAAAGUGUGGAAUUGUCUUGUAUCAUUACGGACACACAGACGAGAGACCCCAGGAUUGAAUGGAAGAAAAUUCAAGAUGACCAAACCACAUAUGUGUUUUUUGACAACAAUAUUCAGGGAGAUUUGGAAGGUCGUGCGGAAAUCGUGGGGGUAACCUCUCUAAGGAUCUGGAACGUGACCCGGACUGACUCAGCCUUUUAUCGCUGUGAGGUGGUUGCUCGAAAUGACCGCAAGGAAAUUGACGAGAUUGUCAUUGAGUUAACAGUGCAAGUGAAGCCAGUUGCCCCCGUGUGCCGAGUUCCGAAGGCCGUGCCUGUAGGCAAGGCAGCCACACUGCACUGUCAGGAGAGCGAGGGCUACCCCCGGCCUUACUACAGCUGGUACCGCAACAACAUGGUACUGCCAACCGACUCAAAAGCCAACCCCCGAUUUAGAAACUCCUCUUUUCUCCUCAACUCUGAGACAGGCACUCUGGUAUUCAGUGCUGUUCACAAGGAGGACUCUGGGCAGUAUUACUGCAUUGCUUCCAAUGAUGCUGGCUCUGCCAAGUGUGAGGAGCAAGAGAUGGAAGUCUAUGACCUGAACAUUGCUGGAAUUAUUGGGGGCAUUCUGGUGGUCCUUGCCGUCCUGGCCCUGAUCACAGUGGGCAUCUGCUGUGCAUACCGACGCGGUUACUUCAUCAACAAUAAGCAUGAUGCCGAAAGUUACAAGAAUGCAGGGAGGCCAGAUGAAGUUAACUAUAUCAGGACAGAUGAGGAGGGUGACUUCAGACACAAGUCGUCAUUUGUGAUCUGAAAACGGACAGUGUGACCAAGAGAACAUGCAAAUACCUCUACCAGAAACUCCUACAAGAGCAGCCCAGGAGCAAAGUGCCCUUGGACAGAGCUAGACACUCGUGCAAAAGCUUUUUGUUUUGGCCAAAGUUGACCACUACUCCUUUCUUACUUUAACAAGCCUCAUGAAUAAAAGAGUUUUCCUCAAGAUAGGCACAGUCUGCACAAAGAAGAGAAGCUGAGUUCAGAGAGGCUGCUUUUCAGGCUGCCUCCAGCCUGUUCCUGCCCGAGUGUUGAGGGAUCUUGAAGCUCUUGCUCAGAUACUCUGGGCUGGCCACUGUGAAGCCAUUUUAUUAUUAUUUUUUAAAAAGUUGCCACUCACUGAGCCCCCACGAGGGGCCAUAGGGUAGGCAGCAACACAGGGCCAGGAAACGUGUCACAGCAUGGAGCCCCACAGCUGCACACUUUGAACCAACGUAUCUAGUAGAGAGGUUUACACUGUGACCUUCAGUGGCCCACAAAUAGCACUGUGCCCUCUCUUUGUUGGUCAGUGUGUGUCCCAUCUUGGAGAAUCUUUUUGGAUCAGCGUUUUAUAGAAACAGCCAAAAUCAGUUAGGUGUAUUGCUUAUUAUAAGAAGGGAUCCUCUUACCUGAAGGAACCCUGCUUCUUCUUGAAGGGUUUCAGUAUUUGAGGAAAACUUUCUUAGGCUAACUCGGAAAUGGUACUAAAAUAAUGUUCUGCUUUUCUAUGGGUGUUUAUUUUAUAAAGUUUUACAGUCUAAAUUUUUGCUAAAGAUGUAUUUUGAUUAUUGAAAAGAAAGUUUCUAUUUAAAUUGUAAAUAUGUUGUCAUACAAUGUUAAAUAACCUAUUUUUUUAGGAAAAAAACUUCAAUGUCUGGUAGAAAUUCCAGACUACCAGUGUUAAAUUGGAAAUUAUCAAUGAUUUCAAGUAUUUUAACCCAAGGAAUCCUCUCAAAGAGGCUUACUGGAACAUUCCUCUUUCCAAUAUAAGUUUUAUCAUUUUUUAUAAGAGCUUAAUGCCGAUUAUAUAUCAGGCUAUUAUUAUUGCUUUGGAAACACAUAAAGAAUUCCAAUUGAGUAAUGUAGAAAUCUGUGUCUGUCCAUAAGAAACAGAAGGAGCUCUCAAGUUAGCUUUGAACUACUUCUCCCGUAGACUUUUGAACUGUGUCACAAGACCACACAGAAGCUUAGACACACACAUUAGCUCCCUGGGCUGAGUCACCACCCCUUCUAAAUUGGUGUUGGCCGUUAACAUCUCAAGCUAGCCACGACCUUGUGUGCCACAUAGCUGUAAUGGUGGCAUCCGUAGACCACAUGCUCACAGCCCUACCUAGGACCGGUCUGAAGUGGUUAGUUGGUAUCCCUCUAGGGGCAUCUCAGCCUUGGGGUACUGUGAUAGACCUUUUUUUUAGAACAGGUGGCUCAUGAAACAGCAACUUGUAUUUGAUUUUUAAAUUCAUUUUACUUACUUGUGUAGCCCCUAAGACUGUCCAGUGCCAAAGCCAGUUUGGAAACCAAAUUUGUCAUCUUGAAUAAUAUUUUUUAAAAGAAAAUGAAUUCCACUAUUCCUCUCUGCUGUGAAGAAAGCACCAAAACACUGCAGAUCCUGUGUCUGCACAAUGGGUGAUUAUGUGGUGACAGCAAGGCUAGCCUUGUUAAGAUUCCCAGGCAGUGCUCCCAGGGCAGAAAGCCUGGUGGUGAGGAAAUCAAAACACCCGAAUCAAAGGCAGUUUUCUAAUUUUGAUUUUAAAGUUUUUAUCUACCCAAGACACUGCUCACUUUGUGGAAGGAGGUUUGAAACAUCAUUCAAAAACCUUUGUUCUUCAAGAGCAGAUGUUCUUAGUGCAGGUAUGUUGCUGUUAACCUUGUGAUGUAAGGCAGUUUGAAGCAAGGAGCCUCUCAAAAGGAGCGCUUUCGGUUCCAUUGUGUGCUUAGAGGGUGGUUUUGAUGUAGAAGAAUGUAGUCAUCUUGGGAUUAAACUUUCAGUGUCUUAAUUUUUUUAUACUUUGAUUUUUUUUUUUAAAUUGAAUACUUGAGAUUUAUGUUGACUUUUUUUAAAACUUACGUGAAAUGCUUUGCCAUCAUGAGGUAUUUAGCAAAAGCAGUGGGCAACUCUUCACAAUUGUUUAAUGAUACCUAUUUACUUUUGCAUUUGUACUUUGAAUGCUUAGACUUAAGACUACCCCUCAUUUUUACUUCCUCUUGGUAGAAGGGGAGAGCCUCCAUCUUGGUUGUCAUCUUGAUGGGGCCUUUGCCCCCUCCCACCUUCUUUCACCUAUAAACCUUCUACCCUAGUGCCAUGUAAACUGGGUCUCAGAGUAGAAAAUUUGAAUGUGGGGUUAGGGAGUAGUUGCUAUUACUGUAAAAUGUAGACAGAAGGAACAUUCAUGUGUUUUUCAAUGUGUGACUGAAGACCUGUACAAGGCUUUUGUGGCCUUUGAUGUGACUUGUGUACAUAGAUGUUACAGACUGUACUAACACCUACGAGUCAGUAUUUGUUAAACCUCAUUUAUAAAAGCUUUAAAAAAAAGUCA